UUGUCAACGUGUACAACUGUUUUGCUUUCGUCCCUUUUGACAGACAUUUCGUUCAGUCGUUCGUUUACAUUGAAACAUUCUCUCGCCCCCCCCCUCCCACUCACUUCGCGUGUGGCGAUUUCGACAUGGACAUAUCCGGCUCCAGUGAUUAAGAGCGUAAACGUUUCCAAUUCAAGUGUCGUUGUUUGUGCGCGUUGUGUGUCGACAUCGUCGAACGCGUCAUUUCUUCGUUUUUGUUGUUCGAAUAAAAAGAAAUCGACACUUCCGUCCGGUCUUCAUGAAAACAUCGGUGACUCGUUGCCAAGAUAGUUUGACUUCGGGUGAUUGGCACACGCGUUUCGGCCACUUGACUGGCGCGCUCGCUACGUUGGCGUAUCCCCGGAGACGGGAAUUUGCGCAGCGCUCCCGCGGACACGAUCCAAUUCAAACAGUUUUGUCUUUGGCGCGAAUGGAGGUCGAACAACGGUUCCCAAGGAUGCAGCUAGUGAGAAAAGCCGCUGAACAGUACCAGCGUCUUAUUAUGGAUUGUACUCGACCUACUCUAGCCAUCCACCAGCAGCAGUCGGUCCGCGAUGCGAACGGAUCGGCGACGAGUAUCCAGCAGCACAAACGAGUCGGAGGAGGAACAGCCACCAAACACGGGAUAGCCAACCUGAGGAAAUGGCGGCCAAGUAGAAACGGAUUCAAAGCAUCUGGCGUCCCGGCAUCUACGACAACACACAUAUCAGCCAAAGCGGACAGCAGCGCCAAGGACAGUCCAACAACCGGACGUCACACCUGUUACCACGGCGACAUGACCAUGUUGCAGCUUCUCGCCUUUAAUGCGCUCGAUCUGUCAGCGCCGGCCACUGACGUCCUGUUGAAAAAUCGGCGCUCGUCUUGGGUUCAGUUGUCGGGUCAUCCGGGCUCGUUUGCUCCGGCCGGUCUCGGAACCUUAUGGAAGAAACAAGGCUCCGACAACAACGAGCAAGUUGUUUACGAGGCUCUCAUGAAGGACUCUGCUAGCGACAUCGUUCCCAAGUAUUAUCGCGACGUCAGCUACCAAGGCGAAAGUUUCAUCGAAAUGCAAGACUUGCUGCACGGUUUCACCGAUCCCAACGUCAUCGACAUCAAAAUGGGAACGCGAACGUUUCUCGAAUCUGAAGUUACCAAUACAGCGGCCCGAUCGGAUCUCUAUCAAAAGAUGGUGAAAGUCGACCCAACUGCGCCAACCAGAGAGGAAAAUGAGUUGCAGGCCGUCACCAAAUUGCGUUACAUGACGUUUCGCGAGCAACAGAGCUCGUCUUGCAGCCUCGGAUUUCGUAUCGAAGCCAUUAAAUUCCAAGGCAAACCGCCCGUCAGCGAAUUGAAAACGGUGCAGACCCGCGAAGCCGUCCAAUCGAUGCUAAAAGUGUUCCUCGGCCGGGGCCCUCAUGUCAGGAAUCAAAUCCUGAGUAGGCUGAAACACAUCAGGCAGAAAUUUCAGGAAUCGCCUUAUUUUCAAACGCACGAGGUUGUCGGCAGCAGUAUUCUGAUCAUUUACGACAGCCAACACGUCGGCGCUUGGGUGAUCGAUUUCGCCAAAACCCUCUCGCUGCCUGAUGGUGUGAGCGUCUCUCACCGACAGCCCUGGCAACAAGGCAAUCAUGAAGAGGGAUGGCUUACGGGUAUCGAUAACCUCAUUCAGGAUAUCGAGGCCCUUCAUUGCGAUGCAUCUAAUGCGAAAGAAAUGCACCUGAAACGAUAAAAUUGA